AUGCUGCUCAGCGCGAUGCGGCUUGGAUCGCGGCGUGCGCUCGCUCGCGCGGAGGCGGACAGCAAGGUGGUGGCGGCAGUGGCCAUGGUGCUUCGUGAGUGUGCCGCUGCGGCCGUGCUGGAGGCGCUGCAGGGCGGACGGCAUGCGACGGCCAAGGCCGGGCAGGAGGGCCCUGAGCGCGGGGCCGACCAACGAGCCUCGUUGGCGGUGGCACGCGCGCUGGGCUAG